AUGGAGCGAGUGGUGAGAAAAACGACAACCUUGCAGUUUGGCAGGGAAAAGCAAAUGCAUGGCUUCGUUCAGUGGAUCAAGGAACCACGUCCGCUGACCUUGCUGGAUGACCAAGCCGUGGUCAUCGCCGACGAGGUGGAGAAGAUGGAGAUCAGCGGUUUGACGGAGUCCAGUUUUGGUUACAUCCGAGCCCUGGUUUACGAUUUCCACCCAGAGAUUCCUGGACGUGUUUUGGUAGCUGAGAGGCUCUUCUUAAUAAAGAAAGACGUCAGCAAAACCUGCGAGGGAAGCCGAGGAGAAAGGAGCUGCCGUUGCAACCCGGGGUUCGAAGGAAGGGGUGUGCAUUGUGUCGACAUCGACGAAUGUACCAGAGGCAGCCACAACUGCAACCGAGACGCGUUGUGUUUGAACACUCUGGGCUCCUACGUUUGCGCCUGCCAGAGUGGCUUCGUGGGCGACGGCUCGCGCUGUACAGCCAAGAGCACCUGGUCGCCAUGGUCACCGUGGUCCCCCUGCUCCGUCACUUGCGGCAUCCAAAACCAGAUGCGUAUUCGCGAAUGCACCCACGAGGAGAGCGGGAUGCGCUGCCUGGGCCCUUCAGCUGACCUCAAGGGGUGCCCCAACCUGCAGCCUUGUCCCAAUGGCUCCAGGCCUAAAAUCCAUCGCUUUUUGGCCAAGAAUCGGUGGCAAUACAGGUAG